CGCCAGGAGCUCCAGGCCGGCCGCUGGCACGUAGGGCCCCAUGCCGGCGCCGCCGGCCGGCAGCUCCCGCGCCGCCGCCUGCACCUCGCCCAGCAGCUGCCGCGCCUCCGCCGGGCUGGCGGCGCGCACCAGCACGCUCUCGGGGCGGCCAACGGCGGAGCAUGGCCCGGGGACAGCCGGAGCGUCACGCCGUCCUCUGCCAGGGCUGCCUCGGCAACGCAGGAGAGGCGGUGGGCUGCCGCGACGUGGGCCGUCGCGGGGAGGAAGAAGAGCACGAGACCGUCGGCCACCACCAGCGACUCCUGCCGCCAGCGCUCCCCGCACUGA